GACAGCAUCACGUACCUCCCUUCCUUCCUUCCUGCGGUGGGCAGGGUCGCUUGUGUUGACAAACAUUAUUUUUUCACAAGGGCGUAGCAGAUUUCUUUUUUACUAGUGAAAAGUUCGAUAAAGAAAUUGUUAAACCUACUUGAACAUUUAGGAAUACACACGGAAGAAUUAAUAUUUUGUAUUAAAUGCAAGUAUGGGUUGCUGCCUUACUGUUGGACCGAAUGAAGCGCUCGUAGUUUCAGGUGCCUGUUGUGGGUCUGAUACGAAGACGUAUGUGGUGGGCGGCUGGGCGUGGGCAUGGUGGCUUUUAUCAGACACUCAAAGAAUUACACUAGAAAUUAUGACAUUGCAGCCCAAAUGUGAAGACGUGGAGACAGCAGAGGGAGUCGCCAUCACAGUUACAGGAUGUGCUCAAAUCAAGGUUAUGACUGACCAGGACUUGUUGGCUGUUGCCUGUGAGCAAUUUCUGGGAAAGUCUGUCAUAGAAAUCAAGUCUGUCGUCCUUCAAACCCUGGAGGGACAUUUACGUUCAAUCUUAGGCACCUUAACCGUAGAGCAGAUUUACCAGGACAGAGAUCAGUUUGCCCAGCUGGUGAGAGAGGUAGCAUCUCCUGAUGUGGGUCGGAUGGGCAUUGAGAUCCUCAGCUUCACUAUUAAAGAUGUCUAUGAUAAACUGGACUACCUGAGCUCUCUUGGCAAAACGCAAACAGCAGCUGUUCAAAGGGAUGCAGACAUCGGAGUGGCCGAGGCGGAGAGGGAUGCUGGGAUCAGAGAAGCGGAGUGCAAGAAAGAGAUGAUGGAUGUCAAGUUCUUGGCAGACACUAAAAUGGCCGACUCUAAGCGAGAGCUGGAGCUACAGAAGGCUUCUUUCAAUCAAGAAGUGAACACCAAGAAAGCAGAGUCUCAGCUGGCCUAUGAACUGCAGGCUGCUAAAGAGCAGCAGAAGAUCCGACUGGAGGAGAUUGAGAUCGAAGUGGUGCAAAGGAAAAAGCAGAUCACCAUCGAGGAGAAAGAGAUUCUAAGAACGGAGAUGGAGCUGAUCGCUACGGUCAAGCGUCCUGCUGAGGCUGAAGCUUAUAAGAUCGAGCAGCUGGCUGAAGGACAGAAGAUGAAGAAAGUGCUGAAUGCUCAGGCAGAGGCCGAGAAGAUCAGGAAGGUCGGUGAGGCAGAGGCCAUCUCCAUCUCAUUCAUAGGGAAGGCUGAGGCAGAGAGAAUGAGACUGAAGGCUGAGGCCUACCAGCAGUAUGGAAAAGCUGCCCAAACAGCCCUUGUUCUGGAAGCACUGCCCAAGAUCGCUGCUAAGGUGGCGGCUCCUCUGGCGAGGACCAAUGAGAUUGUUAUUCUCAGUGGGGAGGGCGGCCGCGUGACCGGAGAGGUGAACCGGCUGCUCGCCGAGCUGCCCGUGUCCGUUAAGGCGCUCACGGGCGUGGACCUGUCCAAGGUUCCUCUGUUGCAGAAGAUGACAGGUGCUGAAGCAUGAAGGCAAUCCAUCCCGUCUCCUCCAUGAUCUGUUGUAUGCACUCACUGAAACUGCCUUUAGAAUACUUGGAAGAUUUUUUUUAUUACAACAAACGAAAACAAAACAAAAAACAAUUGAAUAAUAAUAAUAAUUCAUUACAUUUAUAUCACGCUUUUUCUGGGUACUCAAAGUGCUUAACAUCUAAGGGCGGAAUCCCCUCAACCACAACCAAUGUGUGGCAUCCACCUUGAUGAUGCUACGGCAGCCAUAUUGUGCCAGAACACCCACCACACACCAGCUUAUUGGUGGAGAAUAGAUUUUCAAAACCUCUGGUGCCUUAAUGUUUUCUAGGACCAGAAUAUCUGCAUGCACUGCUGCUCUCACAUUCCACAGUUCCUUUAUUUUUUCAGCAUUUGCCUUUUACUGCAUCUUUCAAAGGCCAUAAGAACAUGAGGUAUUGUUUUUUGUUUUGUUUAUCUUUGUAGUGUCAUCACACUAACGUGACAUUUGAACCUUAUACACUUUUCAAAUUUUAUAUAUUAGAGUGACACUUCAGCACUUCUUAAAGUGAAUCAGCUUAGAUUACAAUCAACUAGUUUGUGAAAAGUCUAUCACUACCUUUUUUGUAUUUGUUGUUGGUUAUAUUUUUAACAUAAAGAGGAAAGAUCACUUUCCUUUUAAGAUAACAGAUCUUGCCAUGAAUUAUAACAGUCAGAAAGAUACCGCUGAUUGUCUCUUGUCGGCAGUAGAGUAACAAAUAGCAUUUUAAAGUAGAGCUGUCUGGUCAUACGGGUGAAUACCGGUGUCAACUUAGAUAGAAUUGCUGAGUGCUUUUUUUUACUAUAAGAUGUUCAAGACAUAUUACAAACAUGCCCUUUAAAAACAGAUUCAACUACUAAAUGUUUUCAUAGGUUUCCCGAGCUCACCACUUUUUUUUUUUGGACUGUUGUUGAUCAAAUUUUGUUAAAUGAUUUUAAGCAUCUGGAUAUCUUAUUGCUUAGCGCUGAGCCUUGUUUGUGUCAUCAAUGACAGCCAUGCAUAGCAAACACUUUCUACAAUAUUAACUAAAUAUUUAGUUACACUAAAAACUGUAAAUGUAAAUAUCUGCAGUACCAUCAGAGAAACUGAAUUGACCUUUUAUGAGCUAUACCGUCCUUUUCUGUAGUGAUUUAUCUAGUUUGUGUACACUGUGAAAGUUAACAUUACCUCGUUUUCCUCUAUUGUUGGGUAGUUAAUGACAAUUUGCAAUAGAGAUUUUGAUAUGUUUGUACCUUUAUUCUGAUGUGUUCAGUAAUGCUGUUAUGGGAAAGUCACCAUUCCUUCAGAUUAUGUCUCACUCUAAUAUUAACACAAAUUGACAAAGCCAUGAGAUCGCUCACAUUUUCUAUACAAAUCUAUGUUGAACAGUUGUUACUUUGAGCUUGCAGGCUCUUUUUUAUUACAAUUUUAAGAAAAUCUUUAUUUUAUUGUUUAUUUAUUUUGAGUUUUAAUGUGAAUAUAUUCCCCUGGUUUUACUUUUUCAUAGAAACUGAUCAAACCAGGAGUUCUCUGACUCUAUUAUUUUAAUGUGUAAACCUCAUAUCGUUUUUGUAAAGGCCUUUUUACAUUUGACUUAUUCAGACCUGUAAAAGCCGUGUCAGGUGUAACCAUUUAGCAUUAAAGCACCAGAGACUGUUUAGUCAAUGUGCUUUGUCUAGCAUUGCUUAGACAAUGUACUGUACUAUGUAUUGGAUAAAGAUUGGAAUCUUAACAUUGAAUUGAAAAACAAAGCUGUUUAUCCCAUAAAUAACACACUGACUAUCCCAUAAAUAUGCCAAUGAAAAUACGGGAAGAAGUAGGCAGUUUUGUACAAACGUUCCACAGAUCUAACUCAGCAUGUUUAUGGUGCAUGUGUUUCCAAAAAUAAUAAAUGUAAUGUGAACAUG